GGCUGAUCAUAAAUUCCUAAAAAUACCGUCGCCAUAUUGGUAUUGUCAAAAUCUUCGGGAUCUCUCGGUGUGUAAGAGAAAAUGGUUUUUCAAAUCAUCCAAAUCGUUAUUGAAAAGCUACUGUGAUUACGUACAACGUUCUUGAACUUUAGAUGUAUCGUUUACCGUGUAACUUAGAAAUUUUUGUUUGUAAAUGAUGUUUCCCAUGCCGAAAUGUUCGAGUGAUACGGAGGCCGGGAGACCUUCUGAUGAGCUUGAGUCUGCCGUGGCAGCAGUGUCGGAUGAAAUAGGAGAUAUCCUUAAGGAUGAGCUGGGUGAUGCUGAUCGCGCGGAUCGUAUUGGAGCCGAGUUAGCGGGUUUACGGGCGGAACUAGGCCUUCUUGCGGGCCUGGCAGACGAGCCUCAACAAGAUUUUCCGUCUCUUUUCGAAAUAGCUAUUGGUCACCGCGCAUCAGGCAGUGGCUCAUCAUCUACAUCAUCUUCAUGGUCUGGGGCUCGAGGGGCGAAAGGCCGACGGGCAACUCGACCGCAUCGUACGCAGAGGCGUCGGACUAUUGCUAAAGGAAAAGAGGUUUGCCGUCGUCGCAGUAUUGCAGCUCGUCGUGCAGCUUCGCUUCGCAUGCGUCGUAUUGAAGUCGUGUCGGACGUAUCUGACGUGGGUGCUGACUCAGAUUCUGAUGACCAAUGGACGGAGUUGGAUGACUCUUCAUCUUCAGACAAAGACGGUGGUAGAAUGGACGACAUUUGCCGUGGAUAUCAGGAAAAUGAGAAGGGAUUGGUGGAAGCUCCGGCGAUGGGUCAGUUUCUUCUCCCUUUGCUGAGUGCUGAACCCCCACCAGAGCCAGAUCACUUUCUUAUCAGACACGAGGAUAUUCUUCAGUUGUUGGCGUCAGCGGAAGAAAGCGCACGCGACGAAAUGCCUCUGGAAGACGAUGGCGCCUUGGAGACACAGCCUGACUUACUGUCAGAAGGCAUGUUUGACUCCGAGGAACCAGUGGUCACACCAGAGGAUGAAGCUGCUCUACUUCACUUUGUCUGCGAGACGGAACAAACGUCUUUAGACGAAGAGUCGCGAACUUUCAAACCAGUUGAGGAAUGGCUUCUCGGAGUCUAUCACUCCUGGUGUGAGAUCAGUGCGCUUAUGUAUACUCUGAUUGGGACCAAUAUGAGUGUAGAAAUGGUGAAGUCUCCUUGGUCGUAUCGAGCCCGUUUCGGCUGCCAUUGUCGGCUUUGUCUCAGCGCUGCUAAUAAUGUUGCUGCAUUGAGGCAUUCCCUUGUCGAUAUUGUACGGGAAUUGGCGCAUGUAAGCAGCACCAGUAGCGUGGCGGGUGCGCUCGUGAAAAUGCUGUGUCUCAACUGCGCUGAGCUCACGCCGGCACAUUGGCGCCUUCAGCGGAUCAAAGUGCCCGACGAAGGUGCGGAAAUCAUCCAUCAACACCUAACGAGACUAGCGCAGCAGAACGAGACGGCCGAACAGUUUGUGAACAGAGUCUGUCUCUGUCGCUCCUACUAUCGACCGUUUGAGAAACAGUACGCUGUGGAAAGGUUUUUCAAAAUAUUGGAAAAGUUUAAAGCUGCGUCGACAAUCACGUUUAAGGUGGAUCUUAUCCCUCCAGAAGGAUCACCUCCAGAAGAAUGGACUUGGAUGUCGACAGCGAGGCGGAGAUUGGCCAGGUGUCUCGAUGCCCACCAUCGGAAUAACACAGCGCAUCGGUUGGCGGAUAUGGCUGCUAGGACCGCGCCUACUGACUUGAGUGCGUGGUCUGACUAUAAGCAUCGCUGUGACUGUCUCACUCCAAGAACUGUCUGUGCUCAACAACGGAAACAACUUCUCAGGAUAUCAUUCUUCGGUAUGAUGCAUGCAGUCAAUAAAUACAAUGGCAAAGACGAUCCCGAUGAUAAGCAUCCAAACGAUGUGAGGCUGGAUAGCGCUGGAAGAGAAUUGCAACAGGGCGCCGGGACUGGAGCCAAACCUCCAGAUAGUAUGGAGCAGCAACUUCAGUUGGUCAAAGCUAGUAUGGAUAUGGACUUGAUGGACUCGCUUAGCAAUGACUUGGACGAUUUAUCAGAAUCGGACAACUCGCUAUCAGUUCACUCUGACGGCUCCAUGUCCAGUCAUUCCGGCUCCAGCCUCGACUCGGCUUCGGAGCUGCUAGUGCUGGCGGCAUGUGCCGUUGAGGGAGGAGGCUCUGGGGGCGAAGGCGCCGGCGAGCUUUGUAGGACGGUGAGGCACUUGAUGCGCUCCAUUGCGUCUAUCGAGCGCCUCAUGGAUAGGGUCUUGAAGCAUUGUGACGAUUGGCCGUCAAGGGAUGCGCCUGAUGCUAGAAAACGUGUCGAUAUGGGUCUGUCUGAAGUAGAUCGUAAACUAAUGGCCAUGUAUCGAAGACUGCCAGAGGUUCAUAGACGACAACUACAGGUUUAUAGGCGACAGAAAAAAUUAUCUACGGUGUGUACGGCGCUAGUGGGCACAGUGGCGCCCCCUCCGCCGGCACCUGGCUCUCCCCCCACGGCCCCGCCCACCUUGCCCCCCACUAGUCUUUGUCCCGAGUAUCACUUGCAGAGGUUCAAAGAGGUCCGUCGUAAAGUGAUGCACAUGCGCGAUCAGCAAUUGUAUUAUCAUCGACUUAGAAUGUGGCUCGAAGACCAACUGCGACAAGAAAGGGAAAGCCUUCCUGACAGCACUGUGACAUUAAUAGAUGACUUGCCGAAGCGAAAACUCCGAGCUCUCAGUUCUAAACUCCCCCGUCUCGCUGCACCAAAAAGAAAACUAAAACCCACUCAAACACUAACAAAAUCCCACAAAAUACUCCAAAUGCUCAAAAGUAAACCUAAUAUGGAUCUGAAAUCACCCUAUAAAGAAAUUGACGAUGAACCAAUCAAGUCCGAAGUAGAACCUCCCGAAGCGUUUCGAUGCGACAGCGACGCUGAGACCAUAGUGGCUGAAAAGGACGCCGAUCUUUGCGAGGAAAUGAAGGAUUGUUUAGCGAAAUUUGCCAAUUUUGCCCUUCAUACGUUAGAUAACAACUUGCAAGAAGAUUUCAAAGAGAAAUACCCAGAUUCUGUGAGUCCCCCGCUUCAGGAAAUGUCGCCAACUACUUCCGAACCGAUGCCUGUUUAUCAGAAAAAUCCAAGAAUGCUCCCGAUUAGGCAGUUUUUGAAGGACGAUAAAAAGGAAGAGCAUAAAGUCGAAGUGGUCGAGAAUAAAGAUUCCAAUGUUUUUAAAUAUGUUACCUUCGGUUUGGAAAUCAAAAAGGCCAUGGAGGAAUGCCAGUAUAUUAUUAAUACAUACAAUAGCACGGCGAAUGGUAAAGAUAAAGAAGACCCUGACGGACUGGUGUCAUUAGAGCAAAUAUUUGAAGUUAUGAUGAAUUUAGAAAAGAAUUCGCCCGAAUUUUUAGAUAAAAUCGAUUCUGACGAUCUACAUCUGUACGUGACCAAUGGCAACAAGUUAACAGAAAUAGUAGAGAAUAUGCCACAGAUAUUAGCAAAUAUGCCUGAGAUUGCGUCCAAGCUAUCCGAAUUCGCAAACGCCAGCUUUGAACUACCCGAAUUUGCGUCCAUUAUGAAUAGUCUACCGGAAGUCAACACUGAAGCUCAGUUGACCCCGGAAACUCUUAAACAAAUAAGAGAAUUGAAGUUAAGUAAGCGUGAUAGUAUUAAAGUUACUAAAAGCACUGCCAAACGUAAAAAUAAACCUAGACUUAGGAAUACUGAUAAUGAUAUAGAUAAUGAUUUAGAUAGUAAGGAUAGUGAAUCAGACAAACAGAAAAAGGAAGAUCAACCACCACCAACAUUACUUGCCAAGUGUUUAGAAGAUGAAACUAUUGUUAUACCGAAGGACGUUAAGUGUUCAGAGUCAUAUUUUAAAGCCGCAGAAUUAUUUGAAAAGGCAGUGAAGGAUGCCUUAUCUAUGGAUGAGCUAAAGGGAGUUAUGCGUCCUAAAUUUACUUUUUGGCGGGAUUUCGUAACUAGUAAAGUGAAAUCGAUCCCCCUAGAAAUUCUACGAAAUGAAGUAGAAGGAAUGCUAGAGAAAUUUUAUUUGCACAUUAAAGAUAUGGCGUGCAAACAACAGGGACCGCAAAUAGAUAGACUGAUUGAAAAAGCAGAGGAGGCCAGAGAGACCGUUGACAGAGAUUCAGACGAGGAAAGCUGUCCGCAGUCUAAAGAAUCGCUCAAACAAAUAACAAAGUUAUUAAGCACAUCUGCUGGUAACACGUUCGAUCUACUCAUUAUGAAACUAUCAAAAAUGUCGCAAGACAAUAAAUCCUCUAUCAAAAAUCUCAAAUUCAAAUACUAUGACGUAAUUAGACGGUGUCUAGACUCUCAACAGCUAUCGUCUUGGGUUCUAUUAAACCCAGAAAUAGCAACGAAUGUUAUACAAGAACUAACAGGAAUGCCAGUGACUAAAGUAGACAAUACUCCGGAUUUCACGACCAUACCGAAUGAGAUAAAAAUUGAUUAUUUUAUCAAUCGAUUGCGCGAAAUGAAUCGUAACUACAUGAGGAGCAUACCCAAAAAUUCUUUAAGUGGAGAUCAGUGGUUGAUUAUGCUAUACAAAUUGGAAGAAGUAGAGAAAUGUAUUAAAGAAACUUUUCUGAAAAUCAAACCUGAAGUGAUCAAACAAACUCCGCCGCCUAAACAAAACACGAAUCAGCCAAGCGAAGCGGAAAUUUUGGCAGCUAAAGGUCUCAGCAAAAUAAUAGGAAAAGCAAAUAUACGCCCAGUUAAGAAAACCCCAACUCCACCAGCGAAAGAAGUUAAGCCCGAGCCAAAAGUCGAGAAAGAAGAUAAGAAAUCCAAAAACGAUGCAUUACUAGCUAAGUGCGAGGCGAUACUUGUAUCGAAAGGCGAAAAGUCCUUGUUAGACAGUUUUUACGCUAUUAAAUCGUAUAUCGUACAGGGCGUACCUGUUCCCGAGACCUAUAAAAAGCACGUCAUAUCAAUCUGUUCCAGCAUAGACGCGAGACUUUUGGAUGACGACAUAGAAGAGACGUUAAAAGUGGAAGACGAUAAGAAUUUAUCAGUAAUAGGGUCACAGAAUCCGGAAUUAUUAGCGAAGUAUUCCGCUCAAGCUUUAAGAAACGCUAAGCAAACGCUGAACGCGGUUGCAUUUAGGAACAUGAAGAAUGGUGACGAAUGUGAUACUCCGAAGAAUAAUUGCAAGUACACUAACGAUUGUACGUGUGAGAGUUGCAAGGAGAGUGACAAGGAUGAGAAGGAGAAAGAGAGACGGGAAAGGAAGCCGAUGUUAAAGGCGAAGCCGGUGCAAAAGCCAUGUGAAAACGGAAUGCAUCAGCCGCACUUUUGUAAAGUAGGACACAAUACAGCACCUGCGCCGGCGCAGAGCGGGUGUUCCAGUGAGAAUCCCGACCAGCCCUGCUCUUGUUGUUAUUGUACAGUUUUUGGACACGCUCCGCCUCUCACUACGCCAGUACCGAGAAAUUUCAACGAAACGAGAGAAAGGUUAAGAUCGAUUCUCAAUAAGAAAAAACAGAAAUGCAAGUCAAAUGGUGAUUCAAAUUCGCCAACGGCUGAAACGGAACGCCCAAAAAUACAACCAGUUCAUCGACCACCCGCUCUCCCAAAAACAUUACCACCGAAUUUAACUCCACAAGCGCAACAAAAGAAGCAAAUAUUGGAUAAGCAACAAAAACAGCUCGCUGACCAAAUGGCCAAAAUGGCAGUUAGUGAAAAACCAGAGACAGAGAAGCCAGUACAAAAUUCAGCACCACCCACUCCACCAAUAAACACGGAUUGUAAGGUCAAUCCAAAUGCAAUGGAACAGAUAAAAUGGCAGGAACAACGCACUCCCCUACACCAGAGACAAGCAAUUCUUCAACAACAGGAACAAAUACACCAACGACAGCUACAACAGUUUCAACAGUUGGAGAAACAGAUACAGUUACGCAUGCAACAGCAACCGCAAAAGAAACCUGAACCGAUAUACGACUUGCCCAUACACAACAAACCAACACUGACGCCACAACAACAACAACAAAUUCGACAACAACAAUUACACCAGCAACAACAGCAAAUGCUCCGCCAACAGCAAGCACAACAAAGUCAACAGACCCAACAACAGCAAGCACAACAAACUCAACAAACCCAGCAACAGCAAGCACAACUGCAAGCUCAGCAACAACAGAUCCAACAGCAACAGUUACAGCAGCAACAGCAAAUGCAACAAGCACAUCUGUUGCAGCAACAACAUUUGCAGCAGAUGCAACAGAGACAGAGCAGGCCGCAACAACAAGGGAUGUCUAUCUACAGUAGGGAAACAAGUGUAUAUUCAUCGACAUCGCGAUGCUCUAGUGGAUCGUGCUGGCGCGGGCGUGGCUGUUCAAAUAGAGUUGAGGAUCCGCGGGAUUUAGACGCAUUGCUCCAGUAUAUUGAAGGACCGGCGAGACACGUUGACAGAGGCAAGAAAAAGGCUAAGAAACAACGACAGAAAGCUAAAAAGACGGAAAGCCGAGUAUCGCACGAAGUGUUAAGUUUACGUGAAGAAGUACGUCGCGCGCAAGAAGCCUGUUGGGAAGCGCAAGGCGCGCACGCGAUGAACGCCGUGUUCGUACGGAACGCACGGGAUAGGUUGUAUCAGUUGCAGCGGGCGAAAAAUAAAUGUAAAAAAGUGAAAAUGAACGUCGCACAACAGGCUAAGCUAAAGGUUGCCAAUGAAGACUUGAUGACUAUGACAGGUCUCUUCCAUAACAGUGCUAAGGAGUUGGAAACAGUAAUGAAUCACUACUUUGAUCUCGGCUCGAGUCUGGAGCAAGCGGAGAGACAACUCUCGGAUGCGAGGGCCCUGCAGGGAUUCAAAGAUGUCGAGCAAAACCAUUUGAUAGUGAAAAUGAAGAUGGAGGAAGUUCGGAAGUUUCUUAAGGAAUUUAUGGAUAAGCAACUUAUAAGUAUAGGUCUUGUCCCAAAAUCACAGGAACCAACACAGAAUAUGGCGCAAGUCAUAAGAGUAGAGAAUGGGGCGAACAUACAACAAGACAUCAUGGAUGAUCACCAGGCUAAAGUCAUGGAAUUACUAGAAGAAGCGCAGCAAGCAAAGAAACAAGCGGAUAAGAAGCAAAGUUGGGAGCAAGCUAUUGCGCAUAUCAAUCAAUUAGCUAAGGGAAAGAAAAAACAGAAAGAAGCUCAGGCUCAGGCAAAGAAAGCCGAGGAAAAAAAACAAAAAAAGCAACAAAAGGAAGAGAUCAGAGAAGAAACUCCACCCCUAUCCAAAAAGCAGCGGAAAGUGUUAGCAAAACAACAAGCAGAAGAAGAAGAAAGAAAGAGACAGCAGGAACUUCUUCAACAGCAGGAGGCAAAGAAGAAGGCAGAGAAAAAGGAGCAGCAGAAACAAGAAACGAAAGACAAAAAGGAUAAGAAAACCGAGAAGAAAGAAGAGAAAAAGAAAAAGGAAGAGAAGAAGGAAGUAAAGAAAUUGGAAAAGGAGAAAAAGGAAACUAAACAGGAAAAAAUAGCACCAACAAUAAAGACAAAGCCCCAACAACAGCAACAACAAACACCCCAGAACACUAAGAAAGAGAAGAAGAAGGAACAGAUCCAGAAAGUCAUCAACAUAACUCCUGAUACUACUAUAGAAGUCGUUAAUAAUAAAAAGCCUGCAAGUACAAAUGAAAGUGAAAAGCCAUCGUCUUGUAGCAUCAUGGAGCAGCUCAGCAGCGGUGUACAGGUAGCCGAUCUACGUCUCCCUCCCGGAAUAACCUUGACUAGAGUACACCCAAAUGAGAAGAGAGAAACUCCCCCUAUUAAGUCUGUCCCUCUAUGGAAAUGUAACCAGCUACCGGCCACACCCACCCCUGUCGCGCGACCACCGCCUGUUAUUAAUGCCGAACCAUCUUUAAUGAUGUUCUCUACAGCACAGCCAGAACCGCCAAAAACAAUUAUAAUACCAGAGCAGCCGAAAUCCAAAAAGGCAAAGAAAAAAGCUAAGAAAGCCGCAGAGGAGACCAAAGAGCCCAAAAUGGUUACGCUCCGCAACCCAAUGUUCCAUCCGAACCUGCCCCCUGUCCAAAUAACUGCCCCACCAAAGAAUGACAUUCGCAUUCCGGACCCCAUCCCGAUGCCCCCCACUCCGUGCCAAGCGACAAUCACCCCAACGUCUAACGGAAUGUAUACCAUUCGGAACCCGUUAAUGUCCAUGAUGCACCAGCAGAGCCUGAUGACGCCACCCGCCAACCAAAAUUAUACGCCGUACCCGACGUACGUGGUGGACAAUCAGAAAGAGGAAUUCCCCAACCGGCUGAUCAAUUUGGCCUCUUUCACGCAGAAGAAUGAUGACGGAUAUUCCCUGUUUCAAACGAACGACGAUACGCAACAGAAAAGUUUUUUAGCUCCCGAUUUUUAUGAGCCGAAAGUAUCUCCGAAUCCGAUUGGUACCAGACCUAACGACUCGUUAUUUGCUAAUCCGAUACCGGAACCCAUUGGGACGCCUUUGAAGCGAGAAGAGGAAAAGCAAGAAUACAGUAUUUACACUCCAUUCGGCCAAGAAGAUAGAAAUGUGUUCAGAAACGCUUUGUUCAGUGAUAAAAAAGAGGAGUUGUCUAACGGCGAUCAAUUGCCAUAUUUCCAAAGGCUAAGAGCUGGAUCGCAGCUGAACAAUGAAGUUAGCAUACAUUACGUAUCGGAUUCCAAGUUUUACAAGGGGCAGGAGCGCUACCCUGAAAUGCCCUGUCAACAAGACGGGCGUCAGUCAGUCUUCUCCCAUGGGUGGCCGGAUCCGCAACAAUACCACACAAGCAUGCAAUCUUCAACGAGUUCUAUGACGUGUGAAUCUGCCUGUGAGUCGGGUGGGGCGUCGCCGCCUGACCAGCAUGUGCCCAUCACACAUCCGCCCGAAACGAGUGUAUUCCUGCCGUCGAAUACGAAUUUAUCGUCGCUCGAAGUCACAGAUCGAGAGAUCGAGUCGUUCAAACGAUUCGAUUAUUUUUUCGAGCCGCCGCAACACAAGCCGAAAGUGCAAUUGGAUGUUAGGGAUAUCGCGGCUGCGUUGCGACAGAAUCAUAAAUAAUUGGAGUAAACAUAUCUAUGUGCUGAGAACGUUUAUGUACUUAUAUUAAGCAUUGUUAUCUAAGGUAUAAUUCAAACUCGAGACUUAGCGCGGGACUCCCGCAUGUCAAACACAAAAUAUGUUUAACAUACGGGAGUACUUAUUCACACUCAGUUUCGCUGAAUUGUACCCUAGGUGCUGUGGUAAAAAUUAUAUUUACCGGAAUAAUACUCCAGGCAUCAUGUGCACUAAUCUGUAAAUUUCACGUUUUUGUCUACAAGUGUGAAAUUUACCGAUUUACUGAAGUCAUAGACAAACAAGAACUGGGAUAGAUAUAUAAAAAUAGGUGCAUAUUCUAAAACGUAUCAAGUCACAAUGUCGACUUGAGCGCUGUCAAAUAUGUCAGACUUCAUAAAAACAUUGUGGUUUGACAGCUCUUAACUAGAUUUAAGUUUGAUUGACGUUAAAGAAUAUGGGCCUAAGUGCUCGAUCAUUGAGUGGCAUUAUUUGUUUUUGUCGAUACAUUAUAUUUUAACUACAUCAGUCAUUAAAUACAGAUGUUUUUGUUUACGUCGUCGCCUCAAGGAGGUAUAAAAUGUAUCGCCGUGAAUAGAGUUGAGAAAUUGGUAUAAAUACCAGAUUUUAAAACACAAAUAAGACAUCUUUGUUGUAUAUAAAAGGCUUUAUAUCAUAACUAUGACGAUAUAAAUAUAUAGAUAAUGGUUCUCUAGGAAAAUAGAGAUAACAUCUUACAAAGAGACAAUCUGCUUGUGCAGUCUUUUGCCAUGAACAAAGGAAGAUGCAUUACUUUGAUUUUUUUUUAUUUAAGUAGUUUACAAGAAAUUAAAGUAAUUAUCUUUUUAGUGUUCAUGGGUAAUUAGUGACGUUAUAAUAUGGUUUCGUAUAGAAACUUUAACGGUUUUGACAAGUAAAAUAUGACAUUCAAAGAUAUGACAGUGACGUUUUAAAUUGGAGCAAAGAUGAAACUAUUAAAUAUGCAUCUGUUUCAUUCUCUAGAGGCAUGUUAGGAUUUAAAUGCUCAAACUAUUUCGUCGCUAUAUUUUACUUUCUACACUUGCUAUAAGUCUGCUAGAGACAGUCUGAUCUUUGCUCCGUUUAAACUGUCUAAUAUAGACAAAUACAUAUAUUUAAAAAGGAUAUUUCAAAGAUUUUUGCUUGACUCUUUAUUUGGCGAUUAUUUGAAAACACGGCCCUCUUGGGCUAUGAAUGUUCUUUAGAGCAGGGAAUUGUCAACAAAAAAUGCAAUUCUUGGCAAACACAGUCCUCGAUUAGUGAACUAAUUAAUAUAUAAUUAAAUCAUUUAGUAUCUCUGUGUAUCACGAUACGGGCGGGACACGUCACGAGUGUACGUGCGAAUGACAGCUGUCAUAAUGACAUUUUCGUGAGCAUACUCGUGGCGCGGAACUGCCCAAGGUCACGCUGAUGGUUGUAAGGUAUUUUAAGUGAAAUGUAUAUUAUUAGAAUCGUUUGUAGUGUUUAUUUUAAUCUUGAAAUAAAUACACGUUUAUAAGCUGUG